AUGUCACGGCAUGUUCCGGAGGAGCAGGUGCGCCUCGUGCAGACACCACAUGUGAUGGAGGAUGCCAAAGACAAAGAGUAUUCGUGCGACGUGACGACGAACACGGCCAUGUUCUUCCAGAUGACCAUGUCCGUCACCCUCUGCGUCUUCAUCUACGAGGGCACGUCCUACAACUUGAUUUUUUUGGGACGAGUCUUGCCCGCCUUGGGAGAGGCAAGUCUAGUGCCUUUCUUCUUUCUGCUUUUCAACAUCGUUUGGGUCUUGGCCCUUUGUGCCUACCUGCGGGCCUUUCUGGCUGAUCCAGGGCGGGUCCCGACUUCGUGGCAUGAAUUCGUGCUUGAGGUCGGAUCCGCUCUGCCUGUCGUCCCCUCGACGGCCAGAUGGACACCAGGGAAGGCGACCUUCUGCCGGAAAUGCAGCAUCCCACGACCCGAGCGGGCUCACCACUGCAACGUCAGUGGCUUCUGCGUCCUGCGCAUGGACCACUACUGCCCUUGGGUCAACAACUGUGUUGGGCUUGGCAACUACAAGUUCUUCUUGCAGCUUGUGAUCUACGGCAGCUUAGCAUCGUUCAUUGGCAUCGCCACGUCCUUCCGGGAAUUUCUCCUCUGCGUUGGCAAACUCGCCGGCAUUGAAGACAACCUGUGGAAGGAAGAUCUUCAGAUCACGGACAUGGUGGCCUUUAUGAUGUUUGAAGGUCUCGCCGUGUUCCUCUGCAUCUUGCUGCUGCCAAUGCUGUUUACCCACGUGCCACUGGCACUCAGCAACACAACGGCCAUUGAGGCCAACUACGACAACAUGGCAAAUCCCUACGACUUGGGCAGCAAGCUCGCCAACCUGGAGCAGGUCUUUGGCGUGUUCGGGCCCGAUUGGUUCUUCCCAGUGCAGCCGUUCGAGCCGCUAGGCGACGGAGUGAGCUUUCCUCGCUGGGACGAGCCACUGGGUUCUGACAACCGCCCGAUUGCCAACGAAGAAGUUCUUCAGGGUGAGCAGCUGUGGAGAGUUCGCUACCAGGUCCGGACGCCUGUGCGUCCAAACCCUCAGGAGCAGGAGUUUGAUCCUCUCCGGACGCUGACAAACUGGAUCAAUGGCGUGGACGAAGACAUUCGGGACGGUGGCGCAACACCUGCCCCCGCCUUUGCAUAUGCAGGAAUGCACAGCGCUGAUGCUUACGACACAGGUUUGACUAUCCUCUCUCUCCCAUGGGAUGCGAUGUUGAACUAA